CCGGGCCUGAGGCCGAGCCGCCGCCGCCAUGCCCUCGGAGAAGAGCUUCAAGCAGCGCCGCACCUUCGAGCAAAGAGUGGAAGAUGUACGACUGAUUCGAGAUCAGCAUCCAACUAAAAUACCAGUGAUCAUUGAAAGGUACAAGGGAGAGAAGCAGCUUCCAGUUUUGGAUAAGACCAAGUUCCUGGUGCCAGAUCAUGUCAACAUGAGCGAGCUAAUCAAAAUUAUCAGGCGACGCCUCCAGCUGAACUCCAACCAGGCCUUCUUCCUCCUGGUGAACGGACACAGCAUGGUGAGCGUUUCCACGCCCAUAUCCGAGGUGUACGAGAGCGAGAAGGAUGAGGAUGGGUUCCUGUACAUGGUGUACGCCUCUCAGGAGACUUUCGGAGUGCAAUCUUCUGUCUAAGACACGCAAGCGGCUUCUAGCCUAGGAUUUUGGUUGACCCUUGGCCAUCACCCCCACUCUUCCCCACACACACCCCAGGGAAAGAAACGGAUGUCACCUACGCUCUCAGUACCUUAGCAUAGUCUUGCUUUAGCAGGUGUCUCAUCUUACCUUGCCUUGUUUGUGACUAUUAAACAGUACAGACGAGCACCUCCAGCUUCGAAACCUGCUGUAAUAUUCCACACAGGCACAUUUACAUUUCUGGACUUUAUGAAUGGAACCCAAUUGUGCAUGUGACGAUUGCAAAUAAAGGGACACUCGAUUGACUUCUAACGAGCAAACAGGCACCAGGGAGGAGCUAAAGUGUUUCGUGUGACAGUUUUCUGGAAAAUCUCCCCAUGAUUCCU